CACGAUUAAGAAAGGGAAAAUGAGUAAAGGAGUAGGGAAUAUUGCAAUUAUCAUCUUCAUGGUGUUAUUCUUUGCAUACCUUUUCUCCAGAUCACUAUCACCUUACUACUUGAUGAUUAAGGAGAGAAGCUAUGUUGGAAAUGACCUAGAAGUGCAUGUUUGCAAUAAUAAUGGCAGUGGUGAUGGAAUUAAGAAGAAGAUAGAGAGCAAUAAGGAUUGCAAUUGGUUCAAAGGGACAUGGGUUUUUGAUGAUUCUUAUCCUUUGUAUGACUCUAUGUCAUGCCCCUUCAUAAGAGACACAUUUCAUUGUGUCAAGUUUGGCCGCCCUAAUCAACAGUAUCUCAAAUAUCGAUGGCAACCUUAUGAUUGUGAUUUACCCAAGUUUGAUGGCGAAGAUUUUUUGAGAAGAAUGAAGGGGAAGAAGAUCAUGUAUGUAGGAGAUUCUUUAAGCUUAAAUAAUUUUGAAUCACUUAUUUGCUUGAUGGCGCAAUUCCUGGAAUCAAAUACAAACAAAAAGCUACUCCUCUCAAUUUUACAGUCACAUUUCAGAUGGGACUAUAUUGAGAAACUUGAUGGUGAAGUAGUGAAAGACAUGAAUCGUAUAAGUGCUUUUGAAAUGGUUAUGCGAUCAUGGGCACAAUGGGUUGACAAGGAAAUAGAUCCAAACAAGACAAAAGUUUUUUACCAAGGGGAGUCGGCCUCCCCUUACCAUUAUAGGGGAAACUAUUGGGGGAAAUCAGCAGACACAAAUUGCAAAAGUGAGUUCAUACCUUUAAAUGAAACCAUGAUUUUCACCACCCCAUCACAGUGUACCAACAUUACAAAGAACAUUUUGAGCCAAAUGUCAAAGCAUGUAUACUUACUGGAUAUAGAGACGCUAUCAAGAUUCAGGGUUGAUGGACACGUGUCGGGCUACAACGGAUACAACGGCACAGAUUGUGCGCAUUGGUGCCUUGCAGGGGUCCCAGACACCUGGAACUCGAUUCUCUAUGCUGCUCUUCUUCAAGAUAAUAAUAAUUAAGUUAAUUUCUUUUGCGUUACAUUUUCCACGACAUUCCUAAAUUAUUAACCUUAUGCUUGAAAAUUUUCAGUUUUUGCCUUAAUUAAUGGAUCAUGG